AUGGUACUAGCGGUGGCAGAAACCAAUCUUCUCCAGCAAUACUCCUCCCAUCCCUCCCCUCUUUAUAGUUCUAGAUCCAUCGCCCCAUCGGAUGAUAUUGCGAGCGAGCCAACCCAGUCCAGUAGAACUUGUCCUUCCGGAGAGCAUGUCUGCAUCAUCAUCCUCCAGCGGCUUCGAGCAACUCCCACCACUCAUCAGCUGCCCUCAGUGCGGCACCGGGUAUUCACCUGGAUUGCUCAGGCGGGUCAGAAUGCAGGCGUUCGUUUCUACAAGUGCGUCAACAAGGACGUGACCGGGGUCUGCAACUACAUGAGAACCAAGGACGAGUACCUUGCCGAGCUGAGCUAUCUGGGGGCGGCGCAGCAGCCAGUGCACAGAAGCAGCCAGGCGGGAUCUUAUCUGAACCGCAGGGUUCGUGUCGGAGAGCAGCUGCGAAGUGCUCCAGCCGUUACACAAGUUUUCAGGGCCCAGCCAUGGGUUAAUCAAGGAGGCACAUCCGCCGCCGCCCUCUGUGUUCUUGUGUUCUUAGACGGAGCCAUACUGUUUGUCGGAGUGCUGAUCUUGCUGGAGCUGGUCAAAGUAGUAUUCCUGCUCAGCAGGUAGAUGGUGGGCAUGUUGACGGAGUACUUGGAAUAAUUAUGAAUAUGUGUCCGUAGUAUGCAAAGUGCUGUUUAGGGGAGAUGUGCCAGGUGCUAUUAGUGUAAGUCCGUUGUAAUAUGUCAUGAACCGAGUAAUGAAUGUAUGGUCAGUUAUUUUCUAUUAUGCAAACGUAUGGUUUACUA